AUGUCAAAUUCUAUUGCCGAGGAGUUCAAGUUGAACGGUAACAAGGCAUUCGCCGAAAAGAGAUUUGAGGAUGCCGUUCUUCUAUACUCUCAGGCAAUUGAGCAUGACCCGGAGAACUUUAUUUACUACAGCAACCGUGCUGCUGCGCACCAAGAGUUGAGGAAUUAUGAUGAAGCUAUUCGAGAUGCAAAAAAGUCGAUAUCGAUAAAGGACACUGUUAAGGCGCACGUUCGCGUAGCGACCGCGUUAUGGGCUCAGCGAAAGCUCGAGGAAGCCAGCGCGGAGUAUAAGCUUGCGUUAAGCUUGGACUCAAGCAACCAAGGGGUGAAGAACAGUCUGAAAAUUCUGGAGGAGUUGCUGGAGGCAAAACGCUCGUCUUACCGAUCCACCCCUCCAUCGGCGUCGACGGCUCCCAAUGUGAUGAUGAAUGGGGCUCCUCUCCCACCCCCUGCUGGAGGGGAGUUCACCUCAGCGCCGCCGAGCGACGCCGGUGCGGCUCUCGCGGUAAUAGUCUUAUUUGUUAGCCUUUUAUUUAGCCUCAGCUGCAUCCUGAGGCCGGUAUUGAUGAACUUCUUCUGGCACACCCUCAUCUGCGCGCUCAUCGUUCAGCAUGGGGUCAAUCUGUACUCACGAGGUUUGAUUCCUCACAAAAUGGACGACCUUCAGACCUGGGCGCGUCAGUUUUCCUCACUCAUGCUUCUUGUCAGUAUUACCGCGUUACUGUUAAAGGUUCCACCACAGCUAUUUUUCGGGUCGUUCUCGCUUAUUUACGAUAUAGUUGAUCUUUCGAACCACAAGUCUAGGAUUUUGGCGUGGGCAGGACGUUUCCAGAAUAUAAUCCUGCCUUACAUUAACAGUGCUGAGGCGAAUCGUUACCAUCUUUUGUUGAUUGCUGCGUCGUUCGAGACGAUGGCGGUUAUUUCUGUUAUGCUGACCUCGGGGGCCCUCUUUACGUUGGCUUAUAUUCAGUAUAUUAAGACCCGAUAUGUUUAUGAUCGAUAUGUGCAGGCGGCAUUUAGUAAUAUGCGCCUGAAGAUAACAACUUUGACAUCUGCGUCGUUCAUGCCACCUAUUGUCAACGUAUACGCGCAAAAGUUUUUCGACUUGUUGUACAUGAUGUCGCAACAGACAGUAUAA